CAGYAUCCUACUGAACAACAACACCAGCGGCAAGCAACACUAGUGAAGACGGUGUAACAAAACAUCAUUGGCGUCUUUGACAAUGGCAACUCAGGCGAGAGGAUUGCAAAAUUUCAUCWCUGACUUGCGGAAUGCCAAGUCCAAGGUAAGCGGACGGUAGAGCAAUAGCGAUCCAUCGAUGGCAACUAGCAGCGGAGGACUUCCUAGACUCUGCUGUAGUGUGUUUGAAUCGAAUCGUCGUUUCAGSGGGUYAUCCCACGAAUAUAUCGUUAAAUGUGGCGUUGCAUCUGUGUACAGAGAUGCAAUUCUGCACUGUCUGUCUUGUUUGUCCACGGGACCCGAUACAAUACAUCAUAGCACACCACAGUCUUCCUCACCUCGGUUUCAUUCGGCGGUCAUCCCCGUGUUUCCCUGAUGCGCGAUGCAAUUCAAUGCGAUUCAAUACGACACCAACCGAAUCCAACCCCACGCAAUAACAAAUAAAGGAGCAAGAGCAGCGACGUGUCGACAAAGAAUUGGCGAACAUUCGCAAAAAGUUCACCGCCACGGGCAAGAAUCUCGGCGAGGACGGAAGCAACACCGCUCUCAAUUCGUAUUCGAGGAAGAAAUAUGUUUGGAAACUUGUCUACAUUCACGUCUUGGGGUACGAUGUAGACUUUGGCCACGCGGAAGUCCUGGCGCUCGUUCGAUCGAACAAAUACGCGGAGAAACACGUGGGAUACACAGCGCUUAGUUUGUUGCUCCGGAGCGACGAUCCCAUGAUGAACUCGAUUCUCAAUACCAUUCGCAGAGACAUGACCACCCCCGGACCGAACUCGGCAAAGAACAACGCGCCCACRACCGACACGGCACAGGCCCUGGCACUCUGCUCGAUUGCCAACAUCAACGGCCUCGAGCUGAUCCAGACGCUUCACUCGGAGGUCCAGCACACCCUGACCGCCAAAUCGUCCACGCCCUGUGUCAAAAAGAAGGCGGCGCUGUGCCUCCUGAGGUUGGUCCGCACGAGCCCGAAGCUCGUGACGGGACGGGAAUUCGCCCCGCACAUGGCCCAGCUUUUGCAGGACAAACACCUCGGGGUUCUGACCAGCAGCGCGAGUCUUUUGUACGGUCUGGCCUCGCAGAACCCCCAGGACUACCAGUCCUUGAUUCCGUACGYGGUWCACAUACUGGGAAUGCUGGUCUUGAAAAAGGCGUGCGCCCGCGAAUAUCUCUACUACCGAACCCCCAGUCCGUGGCUGCAAAUCAAAUUGCUCAAAUUCCUCCAGUUGUAUCCCCAAGCAAUCUCUUCGGGCCAAAAGAACGGUGGGCAAGACCAGCACAUUCAACAACUCGUCAGCGUUGUUUCCAAAAUCUUGACCGAAACCGACGUGUCGGACUCGAUCAACAAAUCCAACGCCGACCAUGCUAUCUUGUUCGAAGCCGUCAAUCUGAUCGUUACCUGGGGUCCUUCCGGGCCGUCKCAACUGCGAGAAGGGGCAAUGAAGUUGCUCGGAAAAUUCAUCUCCGUGCGCGAACCCAACAUUCGGUAUUUGGGUCUCCUGACCAUGGCCAGAUUGGCACAAUUGGAAGGAACCGCGGAAUCCAUUAAGAAACACCAGGCAACCGUCCUUGUUUCCCUCAAGGACGCCGACAUUAGUGUCCGCCGGCGUGCUCUGGAUCUGUUGUUCGUAAUGUGCGAUACGGACAACGCCGAGCGAAUCGUGGACGAAUUGGUGGCUCACCUGGCGUUGGCAGAUGCGGCGAUCAGGGAGGAGAUGGUCUUGAAGAUUGCCAUUCUGGCGGAGAAAUACGCCACCGAUCUGCGGUGGUACGUCGAUACCAUCCUCAAGCUCAUCUCCAUCAGUGGCGAUCACGUGAGCGACGCAAUCUGGCACCGCGUGGUUCAAAUUGUGACGAACCACCCACAGGGAGACCUACAAGCCUACACAGCAGCCACGUUGCUGGUGGGAGCCAGUCCCCGCAGGUGCCACGAGACGACGGUGCGUGUCGCGGCGUACGUUCUCGGAGAAUUCGGAUUUUUGGUGGCCGAACGUCCCGGUAUGAGCGGGGAAGAACAAUUCCGAAUCUUGCACCAGCACUGGGCCACAUCGGAUGCCAAGACGCGUGGAAUUCUCAUCAGCACCUAUGCCAAACUCKCCAAUCUCUACGAGGAGUGCCGACCGCUGGUAGCACCCGUGUUUGCUCGUUGCAAGAACUCKGUCGACGUGGAAAUCCAGCAGCGGUCCGCGGAAUACGCUGCCAUGAGAGAGGCCUUUAGUCCGGAAGCCGUAGAAGACCUGCUCCGUGAGAUGCCUCCGUUCGAGGACAAGAAACAGAGUGCACUGGAACAGCGACUGAAGGAGAAGGAAGGAGAAGAUAGUGCGGCCGUGGCGAAGGCGAUCCGUCCGAGUGCCGCACAACGGCAGCGCCAGGCACAGAGCCAGGCAGCAGCCAGAGCGGCCGAGGAAGUAGCGGCGCAACAAGCAGCAGAACAAAACGCCAUGAACGAUCCGAUCAGUCCAAUCAGUGGUAGGUCCAAAAAWUUGUUUAUUUGUUUUUGUUCAAGACGCAUCGUGUGAAACUAUAUUGCGUUUGGAAAUUUGUGUACAAAUUUGUUUUCUGACAAUUGACAAAUCGAUCUUGAUWCAGAUGGUCUUGGCAGCCCAGAGCCCGUGGAACAACAGGAACGACGAAUUGUCGGAAUUCCAAAGGACGUGAUUCCAGCUAUGCGAAAGGCAUUUUCCAAUCUAUGCACAUCUGGGUCCGGUGUUUUAUUCGAAAAUUCGCUAUUGCAGGUUGGCGUGAAACACGAAUACGUGGGUGCCCAAGGGCGAAUUUCUGUCUUCUUUGGAAACCUCAGCAAGGCGCCGUUGCUGAAUUUCCGAGCUAUUGUUGACGAACCGGAUCAUUUGAGAAUUCAGAAGCAAGGGACACAGGGUCUUCUUGACGAAAGCGAGGACGGAGGUUGCAACGUCCAGGUUAGAACCCAAGCCAAACUGCUGUUGCUGGUUGAGGUUACCGCCCCAUUCGACGAUGCCCCCGCAAUGCGCGUGCUCUUUGAGACGGAAGACGGCGAGGUUCACGAAUACCCUCUGCGUUUACCCAUCGUAGCUACCUGUUUUAUGGAGCCAGUUACUCUCGAGCCCGGUGCAUUUAUGCAGAGGUGGAGGAGUUUGGACGGCGAAGACCGAGAAUGCCAGGAAGUUGUGAAAACACCCGCCGCCGCACCCGACAUCGACGAAGAGUACAUGAAGCGCAUUGCUAACAUAAUAACGAACGGGCUCAAAUUCGGACGGUGUCAAGGGUGCGACCCAACACCCUGGACGGUGUCCGGAGCUGCCACGUUCCGCACAGGGUCAAAGGAUAGCAACGGCAACAACAUAAAUGUUGGCUGUCUCGUACGCGUGGAAGCAAACCCGCAAGCGAAAGCAUUUAGGUACGUGUCACAUCCGUUGAAUGAUCAGGAUCUUCGUUGCAUUUGGAUGCCAAACCAGGUCGAUCUCAUGCAUUAUUUUCUGUUUCUUGUUUCUUAAUUUUUUUCUCAACAGGGUGACCACACGAACACUCCACCCCUUGUGUUCGAAAGCAGUGAAGAACGUGGCUCUUGUCAGCAUAAAACUCGCUUAGUCUGGAUGUCGUUCCUGGCGCGUUGCAAUAUCGGUGGCAACCACAGGGUCUUAUUUCUCUUUUGUUGUCGGUUGGAUUGGGGUAGGAUGGUAUAUUCAAUCAUUAGGGAAGACUCGUUUUGUUCAACGUUUGCCGAUCACUAAASCAUUUUAGCGAAGCGCAGGCUGUUCCGUCUCCUAUCUUCUCCGAGAUCAUUGCAUAUUACUAUCGACUGGGAAACAAGAUCGUGUGAUUUUAUAUGCAAUCAUACAGAAAGCUUGGCAAUCUACAAAAUCAUUUCUCUACAACUGUAUUAAAUUUUAAUGUAACGUCACGAACAGAAAAAAAUCAAGAAAACAUGUCUUCAUUU